AUGCAACGCGAGAAUGAUGAUUCCAUGAUACAGCAAUUGUGCGGGGCAGACGACGAUGACGCGGAGCAAGGGCAGAGGUUGGAUGCGAAGAAUAUAGCUAUAUGUCACUUAACACUUAAAGCAUUAUCCUUUAAACAUGGAAUUAAAUUGGGUGCGUCCGGUGAGAACCCCGAGACUGUGAACACUGGGGCAGAUGGCAUAAUGCCAUAUAUGAAAUGUAUACUGACAAAUAUAUUCAUGAAGAGAAUAAUAGGCCAGACUUGUCUACAGCAACCUGGCGGCACACGAGCAUUCGACGCUGCACAGGCAUUCGUGGGUACGACGGGCACAGCGGAACGUAAUUCUACAUGUGAGGGCAAGGAUUUACAGUCGGGUGACAGGAGCAAGAGGGCGGAAGAUUGGACAUUGCUGUAUAUAAUGGAAAGGUGGUUUCAGCGCCAUAAAACGCGGUUAAGGGAUGGGGACGUGGGAGUAUUGGGGAGGGAGUGUAAGGUAAACAUAAGCGGACAGGCGGAAGCGGACAAGCAGAAAGAACUGGAUAAGUUCAAAAAGACAGUGGAAGAUGAAAUGCAGCAGGUUGGGCAGAAUAUGAAAGAGAAUAUAACGAAAAUAUUAAAUGCAGUGAAAGCAUGCACCGAUAUAAAAUGUGUGAAAGGAGUAAUACAGCAGGAAAUGGAGAAAGAAAAGCGAGAGAAGACCGGGGCUUCGCCCCGAGACACUCCAGAAUUCCGAGCAACGACGACCGAUCCGGGAACAGGGGGAGCGGGGAAAUCGGGAUCACCCGGGGGAUCUUCGGCCAAACCUGCUUCACCGGUCGCGCCCGCCCCGGCCAAACCAGUAGCGGCGAAACCGGGACCCGCGGUGACACCGGCAACGGUGACACCGGGAUCGGGGACGACGACGACAUCUGGUGGUGGUGGUGGUCAGGCUGGUAAGGGUGAUGUCGGAGGUACGGGGAAGGGGCAGAACGCCUGGGAGCAAUGUCUGGGGACGAAAAUAUUGGACUGGAAGCCUCGGGAAAUAUACGUGGUGCUCCCUGAUGAUGAUGAGCAAUGGAACAAGGUGAAGGACGUGUUGGAGGAGUUUAUGGAGUACUUGGAGGAACAUAAUCAGCACUUUGACGGAUUCGGCGCCAACUGUAAUAAUGCAGGUUGGAGUGAUUUCGGUGAUGGUAACCUAUAUAAGGAACAAAGAGUAGCGGAUAUGAUGCGAUGCAGGCUAAUGUCAGGAGCAUUGUGGUUUGCAAACAAAGGGGGCACCGAUGAAGCGGUCAACAGGUUACGCUGCGAGGUGGCAAAUGUAUUUGGGCACUUACUGAAAAAAAUGUAUUGUAAGGAUAAGGGAGGCUACAAGAGAGGUACAGAGUAUGCUUGGGAAACAUUCAGGAAUAUGAAGAGCGAGGGAACAGACGGAGCUGGAAAAAUGGAGGGUCCUGUUAUAAAUUCGGUAUGCACGGAAUGUGGGUACGGGGAACAUAAGAGGAAUAUAAAUGCAAUAAAUUUGGCGAUAGCACAAUGGUUACUGAAGGAAGGAAAAAUAAGUUCUGAAAUAGCACAAAUGGAAAAGGCAAUGCCCUGUGAGACGUAUUGGAAGGAUUAUAUUAAGCCGGUGGCAACACCAGGGCAGCCUAUCAAAGACAGUGUCAGCGACCAAGGGAAGGAGAAGAUAAAGGAAGCACAGGAGAAGAUGACAGCAGAAGUCACCAAGAUAAUUGAGAAAGUGCAGAAAGCAGCGGACGAAAUAAAGGAAGUAGCAAAGAAGAUAAUUGACGACGCGAAGAAGAAAGAACAGCAAGAUGUUCCAGAAGUAAAGAAUGCGGAUGGUAAGCAUAGUAAGGCAGCCGAGUGGUAA